AUGAUCAGGCAAAGCUCCAGCGUGAGAGCCAGCGGCGGGGGCAGGUCCUACAGCACCGCCUCAGCCAUCGUCCCCUGCAGCAGCAGGGCUGGCUUCAGCUCCGUCACCGUGGCACGGGCUGGGGGAGGGGGAGGUGGGUUUGGAAGGCUCAUUGGAGGGGGUGGUGCCGGUGGGUUUGGCAGCAGGAGCCUCUACAACCUCGGUGGUAGCAAGAGGAUCUCCUUCGGUGUCGGCAGCAGCUUCCGCGCCGCCUUCGGGAGCGGAGCUGCCUCUGCUCUUGGAGGUGCUGGUGGUAGCUGUGGGAUUGGGGCGGGGGGAGCUGCUGGCACUCUUGGGCUUGGGCUGGGUGGUGGAGGUGGUGGAGGGCUUGGCUUUGGUGGAGGUGGUGGAGGGCUUGGCUUUGGUGGAGGUGCCGGGGGGCUCAGCUUCGGUGGCGGACCAGGAGGCGGUGGAGGGUUUGGCUUCGGGGGGCUGGGAAGCUUCAGCGGGGGGCUGGGGGCCAGCAGGAGCCCAGCAGGGUUUGGUGGCAGCCCCCAUGGGGUUGGGACAAUCCAAGAGGUGACUGUCAACCAGAGCCUCCUGGCACCACUGAACCUGGAGAUCGAUCCAAGCCUCCAGCAGGUGCGGAAGGAUGAGAAGGAGCAGAUCAAGAGCCUCAACAAUAAGUUUGCCUCUUUCAUUGACAAGGUUCGCUUCUUGGAGCAGCAGAACAAAGUGCUUGAGACCAAAUGGACCCUGCUGCAAGAGCAGGGGCAGAAAAACACUGCAGGCAAAAACAACCUGGACCCACUCUUUGAGGCUUACAUCAACAACCUGAAGAGGCAGUUGGCCAACCUGCUCAACGAGAGGGGACGCAUGGAUGGGGAGCUGAAGAACAUGCAGGACCUCGUGGAGGACUUCAAGAACAAGUACGAGGAGGAAAUCAACCGGCGCACGGCAGCAGAGAAUGAGUUUGUGGUGCUGAAGAAGGACGUGGAUGCUGCUUACAUGAAUAAGGUGGAGCUGGAGGCCAAGGUGGAUGCCCUGACCGAUGAGCUCAGCUUCCUCCGAGCCCUCUACGACGCGGAGCUGGCACAGCUCAGUGCCCAGGUGUCAGACACUGCUGUCAUCCUCUCCAUGGACAACAACCGGGACCUGGACCUCAGCAGCAUCAUCGCCGAGGUCAAAGCUCAGUACGAGGACAUCGCCAACAGGAGCAGGGCUGAGGCGGAGGCUUGGUACCAAACCAAGUUUGAGGAGCUGCAGGCCACGGCUGGCAGGCAUGGGGACGACCUGCGCAACACCAAGGGGGAGAUCUCGGAGCUCAAUCGCUUGAUCCAGAGGAUCCGCUCCGAGAUCGAGAACGCCAGGAACCAGUGUGCCACCCUGCAGACUGCCAUCAGCGACUCGGAGGAGCGCGGGGAGCUGGCCCUCAAGGAUGCCAAGGCGAAGAUGAUUGAGCUGGAGGAUGCCCUGCAGAAAGCCAAAGCUGACAUGACCAGGCAGCUGAGGGAGUACCAGGAGCUGAUGAACGUCAAGCUGGCCCUGGACAUCGAGAUUGCAACCUACAGGAAGCUGCUGGAGGGGGAGGAGAGCAGGCUGAGUGGAGAGGGACUCAACCCCAUCAGCUACUCUGUCAUCAGCUCCAGCUCAGGCAUGGCUGGUGGAGCUGGCUUAGGAGGAGGAUUUGGUGGACUGAGUCUAAGUGGAGGAGGUGGUGGAAGCAGUUUUGGCCUUGGAGGAGGAGGUGGAAGCAGUUUUGGCCUUGGAGGAGGAGGUGGAAGCAGUUUUGGCCUUGGAGGAGGAGGAGGUGGAGGAGGCUACAUCCUUGGAAGUGGAGGAGGACUUGGCCUCGGGGGCGGCAGUGGUCUCGGAGGUGGAUUCGGAGGAGGCAGUGGCCUGGGCUAUGGUGGAGGUGGUGGCAGCAGCCUGAGCACCAGCGGAGGGAAUUUCAGCUCUGGAAGCUCAAAAGGCACCAACCCAGGUGUGAAAAUCGUCUCCAAAACCUCCUCCAGCAAAAAGAGCAUCAAAAGCCAAAGCCUGAAGAACGCUGCCCAGCCUGAAUAA